UGGGAGUGAGAGGGAGAGGGAGAGAGUGAGAAAACGCAACCCUUCCCACUCGCUAGAAAUCACGGGGAGUGACUGUGACAGGAGGAAGGGGACAGAAAGUCUGAGAGCAGAAGUAAAACCUCACUGGAACUUCAUCACAUGUUCCCCCAGGACCGAACCGGACUUUUUAUCUGGACAACCCAUAAGAUAACCUGCGAGUCAGAAGAGUGUUGAGGACUGCUGGAGCAUGCGGUUCGGUUCUCUGUUCAGGCUCUGCAUGCUGUGGGGCUUUGUGGUGGUCACGACCUCGGCGACCAGCAAGGCUGCCAAGAGGAAGGUGGUCGGCCGAAGGUCCAGACAGGUGUUGGAGGCGGAGCCUGUUGACGGGGUGUGGUCCGUCUGGGGGGAGUGGUCAGAAUGCUCUCAAAGCUGUGGAGUCGGUGUGUCUCAGAGGAGCAGGAAGUGUUUACCCCCUCCUCCAUCUUCUCCGACCCUUCCUCUCUCCUUCGCCCCACCAAACUGGGCGGGUUAUUAUCCCGGGAGCGUCAGAGGACCUCUUACAUCACCUGGGAGUCCUUACUAUCCCCCUCGUUACCCGGGCCAACGCCCAUCUUAUCACCCUCCAUCAGUCUCCAGGAGUCAUAACCCCGGAUUGCCUUUAUAUAGGAACACACCCACCGGUGGAGAAGGGCCUCCUGUUCCGGUGCAAAGCAAUCGGUCGCCUCCUUUUUAUAAUUCGGAAGCGUCCCCCGUCGGUCAAGAACCUGCUUACCAUCCCCCCUAUCACAUGACCCCACAGGGUUACAACCAGCCUGCGCGGGUCUUCAGGAGGCCCACCAAUCCAGGAGCAGGGAGAGCCGGGGGCGGCGGGAGCAGGCGCUCUAUCCCCGCCGGUCGGGAGGGCUUGCCUUCGAGGAGGGCCUCCAGCGUCCGUCCGGGUCAGUUUGGCUACGGAAAGGUUCCCUUCUCUCUGCCUCUGCAUCGAACCCAGCGCCAAGCUCGGCACACCGCUAACGCCACCGACGAGGACCCCGAGGCGACUGUCGCUAGAGGUGGCGCCCCGAGCGAGGAGGCGACAGAGAGGGAGAGGGGCGAGGUGGAUAGAGCCGAGGAGGAGAACGGAGAACGGCAGGCUGGUGAAGCACCUGCCGCUGAGGAGGAACCCGCUCCCACGGAGAGCCCACGGCAACACGGGGGCAGGACGUCACACUCCGAGACCAGGAGGAGCAGGCUCCCACCCCAGCACUCCUUCUCACGCUCCUCGCCCCCAUCCGUCUUUGUUAACCGCCACCGCUUCGACUGGAACUCCGUCACUGCUCCUCCUCCUCCUCCUCCUCAGUCUCACCCGCGCUCUCCAGGUAGCUCUCCUCUGUUCACCUCUCCUCUCCACCGUCCCAACCCAGCACACGCAGAGAGGGAGCCCCACCUAGGCUUCGGGCCCCAGGCCGCACCCGCCGGCAGCGUCUACCCCUUACGGCACCAGCCCUCAUCCUCUCACCCGGGAGCAGAGGCCGGCCGGCACAGAGGAGGCGAAGCUCCUCGGCCGCUCAGGUGCUCCGGCCCGGAGAAGGAGUACCGCCGAUGCUCCUCACAGGUGUGCGGAGGAGGUGCGUCGGACUCCAGAGCAGAGCAGUGCACGGCCUUUAACACCCGGGAGUUCAUGGGUCGCCUCUACAACUGGGAGCCUUUCACUGAAGUUGGUCCGGACAAGCAGUGCGAGCUCACCUGCCGACCCGCCGGUUAUCGGUUCUACGUUCAGCUGGCGGAGCGCGUCAGAGACGGCACACCCUGCUUCAACACCAGUGCCAACGACGUGUGCGUAGAGGGACAGUGUCUGACCGAGGGUUGCGACGGCGCGCUGGGCUCCAGCGCCGUGGUCGACAAGUGCGGCGUGUGCGGUGGGAGGGACAGCUCCUGCCGAAAAGUGACCGGAAGCUUCCAAAACGGCACCGUUCCCCUCGGCUACCACAAGAUCCUGGACAUCCCGCCGGGAGCCACGUUCAUCAACAUCACGGAGAGACGAGCAAGCCCCAACUACCUGGCAAUGAGGAGCGGCACCGGGACGUCCGUGGUGAACGGGCGCUGGGCUGUGGACCCUCCGGGAGAAUACCAGGCAGGGGGGACGAGUUUCACCUACACCCGACCCAGAUCACAGACCGAGGGGGGAGGAGAGGAAGGCGAGUCCCUGAGGGCGCGAGGACCCACCACGACACAGCUGCAGCUCUAUAUCAUUUUCCAGAAGGAGAACCCGGGCAUCGAUUACGAGUUCUACGUCCCGGUGGAGAACAAAGAGGGAGAGAAGGAGAGGCUGGCGGAGAGCGAGAAGGAGACGGCGAGAGAGACACCCAGGGAUAGACCGAUGGAGCGGCAGCCAGUGAGGGCUCCACUUCGCAGUCCCCUCACAGUGUCAGUAGAAGACCCUCCUCCUGUUUCAGAUCCUGCUUUCCCCUCCUUCUCGUCCUCCUCGGCCUCCUCGGCCGCCUUCCCCCCUCCAUCCUUCGAUCGCUGGCCACUCGACAGGACACGCCCUCGGGGAUCGGCGCCCAAUAGAAACGCUCGGAUCCCCCCUCGCACCGACCUGCCACCAGACACCCAGCUGCCGUUUGUGUGGAGGAGAGGCGGCCUCAGCGAGUGCUCUGCUACUUGUGGCAGAGGUUCUCAGCACAGGGAGGUUUUAUGUGUGAACCGACACACGGAGGAAGAAGUACCAGAGGGGAACUGUGACUCUGCAGCCAAACCUGCUGCAGAGGAGGAGUCCUGUAACGCACAACCUUGCCCUCCUUUCUGGGAGGCCAGCGCGUGGUCGGAGUGCAGCGUGUCCUGUGGGCCCGGCGUGCAGCAGAGGCAGCUGCAGUGCAGGCAGAGCUUUGGGUCCCGCUCCACCAUGGUCCACCCUCAGCGCUGUGCCCACCUCACCCCGCCGGACUCAACGCAGGCCUGCCAGCUCCGCCUCUGCUCCCACUGGGAGGUCAGCACUAACUGGAGCACGUGCUCGGUGGACUGCGGGCUGGGGAGGAGGACACGGGGCGUGCGCUGCGUCAGCGAUCAGGGCAGCGUUGUGAACGAUAACGAGUGCAACUCUCGGCUGCGCCCGGAUGGGACUGAGGAGUGCAACAUGGGCCCCUGCGUGACCAACUGGUACUUCACCGGGUGGUCCAACACUUGUUCAGCGCAGUGCGGCCCCGGGGUCCAGAAGAGAGAAGUGGUCUGUCUCACCCGAGGAGGGGUGAGAGAGGGAGGAGGAGGAGGAGACUGUGUUGCUGAAAAGCCAGCAGAGAUGAAGGCCUGCAACAAGGGUCCCUGUGUGCCAGUGACAAUGUGGUACAGCAGCCCCUGGACACAGUGCAAUGUCCAAUGUGGGGAAGGAAGCCAGCGGCGAGAAAUCAUUUGUGUUCAGAAGUUGGGCAGUAACUUUACUGUCGUGCCAUCUACUAAGUGUGCACAUCUGGAGAAGCCUGCAGCUGUCCAGGAGUGCAGCAUGGGAGCGUGUCAGCCACAGUGGUUCACAACAGAAUGGAGCGCGUGUUCCCGUUCAUGUGGGAAGGGCUUACAAGUGAGAGAGGUUCGAUGUCUAACGCCAGAGAAGAAGCACAGCCCAGCAUGCGAUCCCAGCACCAAACCGGAACAGGAGCAGAUCUGCAACACUAUUCCCUGCGGCCCACAAGUUGCUGAUAAAAACUGCCGGGACAGGCUUGAUAAUUGCAUGAUGGUGGUGCAGGCCAGAAUGUGCGUCUACUCCUACUACAAGACGGCCUGCUGUGCCUCCUGCACACAGAGCGCCCUGCGUGCCAAGAGGCACUGAGCAGCCGGAUCACAGGCAGCGGGGAAAAGGUCAAAACGACCGACCCCCCCUGAAGGAUGAGUCUGCAGAAACGGACAGCCCAGAGUUGACGUGGCAUUUAUAUAACAUUUAGCUAUUUUCUCCUGACUUUUUCAGGUAAAGCACUGUGAAAACAGAUGAUUCCCUCUGCUUGUAUUCAGUCAUAUCUGACAAACCGUAAACCUCCUUCCACUGAGCUAUCUUGAGUUUUUACGUGCAGUAAUUGAAGCAUCAGUGGUGCUUGCUGUAAUUUCCACUCAUUUCUGUGACCGUCGGGUGGUGUGACAAUGGUCUCACUGAGGACAUAGAUGCUUCAACAGCUAAUUUUACCUUUUUUAACAUCCUAAUUGAUAAGAUGGUUAAUGUAAAAAAAAUGUCAUUAUCAUACUGUCAGAUGUAUGUGGAGGCUAUCCACUAGGAUAGAGCCACACGCAGUCCGACCUCACAGAGCUACGGGAUUUGCUUCCUGCAAAACUAGAAGGAUUUUACUUCUUAUGUAGUACCUGUGUGAAUCUGCCUGCCAAAAAAAUACUUGUUAAAAUGUCCUCUUAUUCAGUACUUGGACAGUUUGAACCAAAGGGGUGGAGUAAACAUGGCAGUAAGUGACCAAAUAUUAGGCGAUGGAAAGAAGGAUGGGAGUCUCCCUAAAUCAGAAGGAUAAUUCGCACAGAUUUUAAGGGUCUGCGUUUUUCUCAUCCUUUACAGUGACAAAUAGCGUCGUUUUUCUAAAGAUGCCUAAAAAGCCGAGAAAAUAUUGGAUCUGAAUUACUUUUAUACACUGACGAAAUUUUUACCCCAACCUUCUUUUGUUUAAAUUGUAAUUUUUUUUCUGCGUCCAAAAGGAAGCCAUGACUAUUUGGAAGCAGCCACUGGCGCCACCUAUGUGUGAGAACCGACGGUUGCAGUUCACGUCUUCCUUUUUUUUUCUAAAUCUAAAACUCUGUCAAGGACUUAAAUUGUUCUUAUCAAGUCUGAUGAAACUGUCACUAUCAACUAUCACUAACUUAUUCCAUUUCUUUUGUAUUCUGUAUUUCCAGCCAUGUCUCUAGUCUCAGCUGCAUCAGCUACAACACUUUCUGUUCUUACCGAUGAUGUUAGUCUUUUAAAAAUGCGUAGCGCUAAAAAGAUGAAGUAAUUUCUGAGAACAUCUGGGCAGGGCGUGUCCCGUAACAAGAAUCACUCCAUACAGACUGAUUUCUGUGUUGUUGUUUUAAUAAA